CGAUGAACAUGCCCCAGUAGCUACCUCCAAAUCUCCAAAACCCCGCGGCUUGUGCGGUCGCCUCAAAGCUCGAUCCCCCCCCCCUCUCCGACCGCCGACCUCCGCCUCCGCCGCCGCGCUUCUGCGGCACUCCGGUCGGCGGGAUGAGCGCCUCGCGGCGGCUCACGGCCCCGCUCGUCUUCCCGCUCGCCCUGCUGCUUCUCUCCCUGGUGUCUUCCCCGGAGGCGGCCGAGUCCACGCCGGGGACGCGGACGCGCAAGAUCGGCGGCGCCGCCUCGGUGUUCUCGCUCUUCAACCUCAAGUCCGAGAGCAAGUUCUGGUCGGAGUCCGUCAUCCGCACGGAAUUCGAUGACUUGGAGGGCUCGGCAUCGCGGGACUCAAGCAAGAAGGCACUGCUCAACUUCACUAGAGCUGGUAAUAUUGCCAAUUAUAUGAGCCUCACAGAGGUUGAUUCUAUAUAUCUUUCUAUACCUGUGAAUUUCAUCUUUAUAGGAUUUGAUGGAAAAGGAGGCCAUGAAUUUAAAUUGGGACCUGAAGAACUGGAACGUUGGUUUACAAAAAUGGAUCAUAUAUUUGAGCAAACAAGAUUACCCCCAGUUGGCGAAGUUCUUACUCCUUUCUACAAGACUAGUGUUAAGAAACUAAAGCAAUAUGAUCUUCCUUUAAUCAGCCACAUAAAUCACAAUUUUUCCGUACAUGCAGUACACAUGGGCGAAGAUGUCAUGUCUGUUUUUCAACAUGCCAUAAAAGUUUUAUCCCGUAGAGAAGAUAUCGCGGAUUCAAGAGAAGGAGCAGAAGCACUUUGGCAGGUGGACAGUGGUCAAAUGGAACAUUUAUUUUCAACACUUGUUGAUCACCUUCAAAUACAAGAGGCAUACAAUAUCUUCAUACUUAAUCCCAAACCUAUUGACAAGAGUACUCAGUAUGGUUAUCGGAAAGGCUUCUCUGAGUCUGAGAUCAACUUGCUCAGGGAGAAUAAGACCCUUCAAGCUCGGAUUCUACAAUCUAAAAGUGACAAGAAACUUUAUCUUGAUAUUGAAAAGGGAGUGAACAGAAGACCCUUAUACGAGAGUCAUCCUCUAUCAUCGUUUUCGUGGACAACAACGGACAAUAUGGAUAUGGGGGAUUGGUCAAAGAAGUGCAAGGAAGCCUUAAACAAUUUUGAGCCGUUGAAGGACAGAAAGAGCAAAGAUGAUAUUGUUUAUGACAAAGCUGUGCAGAUAUUACAUGGCAAAAAGGAUGAGUUGCAUGAUAUAUUGGAGAGUGCACUCAAGUCCAGUGAUUUGAAAGGCCUUCACGCUGAAUGCCUUACAGAUACGUGGAUUGGCAGAGACAGGUUUACUUUCAUUGAUCUGAGUGCAGGGCCAUUUUCCUGGGGCCCUGCUGUUGGUGGGGAUGGUGUUCGUACUGAACUUAGUCUACCCAAUGUUGCAAAGACUGUUGGGGCUGUUGCAGAAGUUACGGAAGAAGCAGCAGAAGAGAAAUUACAAGAUACAAUCAGAGAGAGAUUCUCAUCUUUUGGUGAGAAUUACCAUGCUGUGGAUAUCCUAUUGGCAGAGAUUGAUGUAUAUGAACUUUUUGCUUUCAAACAUUGUGUGGGAAGAAGGGUACAGCUUGCCCUUUGCAAAGAACUUGAUGAGAGAAUGCAUGAUCUAAAAAGUGAACUGGAGGGCUACAAUACUGGAGAUUCAGAUGAUAUUAAUAAGAAGAAAGCUCUUGAUGCAUUGAACAGGAUGGAAAAGUGGAACUUAUUUAAAGAUACUUCAGAGGAACAUCAUAGCUACACGGUAGCUCGUGAUUCAUUCCUUGCACACCUUGGUUCCAUGUUAUGGGACUCAAUGAGGCAUGUAAUUGCUCCUUCUGUUUCCCAUAGAGCUCACCAUUACUAUGAUAAGUUGUCGUUUCAGUUGUACUUUGUGACUCAAGAGAAAGUAAGGAACAUAAAGCAGUUGCCUGUUAAUGUAAAAUCAGUCACGGAUGGCCUUAGUUCCAUGUUACUGCAAUUCCAGAAGCCAAUGUUCAGUCAACACAUGUUGUCGUUAUCAGAGGAUCCUGCGUUGAUGAUGGCAUUCGCAAUGGCACGUCGUGCAGCUGCAGUCCCACUUCUGUUGGUUAAUGGUACCUAUAAGUCAACAGUCCAUACUUAUCUUGAUUCUGCCAUUCUCCAACAUCAGCUACAGAGGCUAAGCGAGCACAAUUCAUUGAAAGGAGAGCACUCGAAUCACAGGUCAACAUUGGAGAUCCCAAUAUUCUGGUUCAUACAUAGUGAACCCUUAUUAUUGGACAAACAUUAUCAAGCCAAAUCUCUUUCAAAUAUGGUUGUGGUAGUUCAAUCAGAUGUCGAUUCUUGGGAAAGUCACUUGCAGUGCAAUGGGAGGUCAAUCUUAUGGGAUUUGAGGAGACCAGUAAAAGCUGCCAUUGCUGCAACUGCAGAGUAUGUAUCUGGUUUACUUCCUUCACAUCUGGCUUAUAGCCCAGCUCAUGAAACUGCAUCAGAGGACUGGACUUGGUCUGUGGGUUGUAAUCCCUUAUCUAUUACUUCUGAAGGCUGGCAAAUUUCAGAGUUUCAACGAGAUGCUAUUGCUCGUAACUACAUCGUUACUGCUGUGGAGGAAUCUAUACGAAUUGUCAAUUCAGCAGUUCAACGGUUGAUUACAGAGAGGACUACUGAACGAGGCUUUAAACUUUUCAAGGCUCAGGAGAGAGUGCUGGUUGAAAAGUAUAAUUCUGUUGUUAGCUUGUGGAGAAGGGUUUCUGCUAUGUCCAAAGGAUUACGAUAUGGUGAUGCUGUAAAGCUUACUUCGUUGCUUGAGGAUGCUUCUCAUGGAUUUGCACACGCUGUUAACUCAACCAUUUCGAGUCUACACCCUGUGCAAUGCACUCGUGAAAGAAAACUUGAUGUUCAGCUAGACUUGACAACGAUCCCUGCUUUCCUGGCUGUUUUUCUGCUGCUAUGGUUUCUUCUACGACCAAGGAGGCCAAAGCCCAAGAUCAACUAAACCAGCUAAUUUUCAGUGUGGUUGUAUGCUAAUACCGAGGGCGUGAUUAUUGUGAAUAUGCACACAUGGCUUGGGGGGAUAGGUGCUGCUGGAGCACACAUUGUAAUUCCUAGAUUCACAAACAGGGGAAAUGACGAGGGCAUAAACGACUAAUACGAAUCAAUGCCCUGUUUAGAGAAAUUGCACUGAAAUUUUGUUUCCGAGAUUGAUACAAUACAAGGUUUCAAGUUGCCAUGCCUUGAGCAGACUUGUGUA